AUGAUUCAACCAGAAGACGUAGCCCGAUUCUCCCGCACUUCCCUGUACAGGGACAUCGAACUCGGUCUUCACAAUCUCCUCAUCAAGAGGAGGAAUGUCCUUGCUCCACCUCACUCCUCGACCGCCCAACGCUACUAUGCCGUUGGCGAAUUCUUCAGCCGGCCACCCAACAGUUGCUGGUGUGACAACAGCGAGCCAUGUACUGAUGGACGGUACUGCUGGGAAACUCCUUGUCCUAUCCUCGGCAAGGACAUGAAUUUCAAGAUCUGCGACCGCGAUCACUUCGAUGGCAAAGGGUGUACAGAUAGGUUUUGUUUCAAUCCCAACGCCAGCGCGAGGAAGUACAUGUUGGGCUUCAUUGCAAAGCGCGCAAGGCAAACACCAUUUGAAGAGAGGCUGAACCCCGUGGCUCAUGGCCUGGUUAGGAAGUACAGUGCCAAGAUCGCCUCAAGAGGCAUGGAGAAGUUCUCGCAAUAG